UAUUGAUCAAAUUUGUAACCGACUAAACUGUUGCGAUUAGUUAGGAAUGACAAUUUAGCAAAGCUUGAUACAGAUAUGAGAUAUCCCAAAUCCAAUAAAUUAGUAAUAAUCGGGAUAAUUUGGAGAUGUGUCUUCAUUUCUCUCUCUCCCUCCCUCUUUGGCUCUUGCUUCUCUCAUGAAAUGGCAAAUCCCAAAAUUCCCAUUAUUUCCUACAAUUAAGGUCCCAACAUUUUUUAAACUUAAAUUUCAAAAAAUUUGCAAUUCACAUUUGACGUUCACAUUUUCUGGGAAUUCUUCAGCUCCCGCCUCAUUUCUCCCUUUCAUGGGCAAAAAUUGCCCUGCCAUUUCUGAAUUCCCCAAUUGAGGAGCUUUCAGGAAUGGACACUGUUAGGGAGAGUUAUGAUCAUUCAACGAAUAUUGGAACCUUUCUAGAAGGUGAAAUGCAAGGAGCAUGUGAUGAUGCCUGCAGCAUAUGCCUUGAAGAUUUUUCUGAAAGUGAUCCUUCAACGGUAACUGAUUGCAAGCAUGAGUUUCACCUUCAUUGCAUCCUUGAAUGGUGCCAUAGAAGCUCAAACUGCCCAAUGUGUUGGCGACCAAUCAGCCUGAAAGAUGAAGCAAGUCAGCAAUUGCUGGAAUCUGUGGAACAUGAGAGGAGUCUCAGAGCUAAUAGAUCGAGGAAUCGGACAUCAUUCUACCAUCCCAGCCUUGAGAAUCUUGAAGUUCAUUUACCUACGGAUGUUGGUGAAGUUGAUCUUGAAGAGCAUAUAUUUCAACACUUGGCUGCUGCAGCUGCCAUGAGAAGUGGACAUCUUGUUUUCCGGAGGGAAGGCCAAAGGAGCUGGUCGUCUUCAUCGGGACAUCAUCCGUUCUUUGUUUUCUCAUCUUCUAAUGCUCUUCAUGAUGGUUCUAUUUUGAAUUCUAUGAAUCCUGUUGGAGAUGAAAGUCAUUCUCCUUCAGUGUCUCUAGGAAGUGCUACCAUACUGAGCCGGAGUAGUUCAGAUGCUCCAGUGCCAGUCUCACUUCCUCCACCACAAACUGAUGAGGGUUAUGCUCAUAGGAUUCGAUCUAAUUUUGCAUCAGCAAAUCGACAAAGUGUUUUAUCAGAAACUCGAAGCCUUGGUAGUCAAUCUUUCAUGAGAAGUCAGAACACGGCAGAACAAUCAGAGCUGCAGUCAGAAUCUUUAAGAUCUCGCUUUAAUUCCUGGUCAAUGAGGUACAAGGAAUGUAUAUCGAGGAAUACUAGAGGCUGGAAGGAGAGGCUAUUUGCUCGCAGCACAUCCAUGGCCGAGCUUGGUACUGAGGUUCGCAGAGAGGUGAAUUCUGGGAUUGCUCGCAUGAUGGAAAGACUUGAUAGCAGAAUGAAUAAUGGAUCUGAUCGUGCUUCCCAAUCAAGUCAUGCAGGUAGGACCACCACAAAUGAUUACUCAAAUGACUGAUCGCCAGAUGUCAGCUCCUUAUGCUACAAGUUCAGUCUCAGAUUAAGCUUCCUUGUUGUUCAGAACUUUUAUACCUUUUAUUCUUCAUGGUGACGGAAAUCUUGUUUUGUACUGUGCUGAACUUUAUUCCAUUAUGGAACGAUCAAAGAUCGUAUAAUCAAUUGUUUGAAGACCAUCUAUGUAUAUUAUGUAUGUAUGUAUGUAUAUAUUGAUUAAAACAGACAAUUCUUGGGAAGUCGCCUCCAUAAUCUGAUAUAUGGAUGCUUGUAAAUCUAUGAAUGCAACUUAUGUAAUGAAGCACAAGAAAUUCUUUCGCCUUCUAAUCAUUGUAGAGUGGACUAGUGGAUUAUAUAUCAUUGCCAUUCUUCA